GCAGGGGAAGGAGGGCAAAAGGAGGGAAGGAAGACUGUCCAGUUUCUACAGUCGCUCAGACAGCGGGAGAGCGCGGAGUACCAGCCAGCCACAGCCCCGCCGCCAGAGCCUGGGCUCCCACACUUUUUCCUUGGAGUCGGAGGAGGGCCGGGCCCCGCGGACGCAGCCUUCGAAAUUUUUGUUUCCUCUCCCCUCCCCUUCACGGCUGAUCCUGGACUAAGACUGCCCAACCCAUGUGGGACAACGGGAAGGAUCGCUGGGAGAGGCAGGAGGUGUUUCCGCAGCUCCCCAGGGUCUGUUUGGGAUCCCUAAAGGUACAGGCACGAGCAGGGCUGCACGCCAGAGCCCUCUCCCUACGCCUCCCGGUUGGCACCACCUUCCUCCCAAGGCCCCUUCCGGCAUGCAGGCAGGGAGACUCUGCCCCGCCCAACUCCGAGCUCUGGGUGCCCUCUCCGCCCUCACUCCCUCCAGCCGCAAUCACUGUACAAAGGACGGGUGGUGGGUGAGGGAGGGCGGCCGGCCCCGAACUGGCUGCUGCUCCAGAGGCCAGGCCAAUAGGGAGCUACGGCCCCCAAGCGGGAGGGCUCUCAGCCUUCGCAGUCCGCUGCGCCCAGAGCAGAGCUAGGAGAUCUCCGAGGGGGCGGACACUCGCCUGCCGCAGCCCCACCUCUCGCUCUUUGCUGUAGCUCGCUCUCUCGUCUUCGGACCCCCGCUAUCCUCCCCACCCCGAUUCCGAUCUGCACUCGACAUGCCUGCUUGGGGCCCCGCCCUCUCCCUGGCCCUGACUGCCCUAAGCCUGAUCUGCCUCCUGGCCCGAUGGCUGGGGCGAUUCACUGACAGUACCAGAAAGAAGCCAGAGCACAGGAAAGAGGAGAAAGCGAAGGAAGAGGUGGUGGAGGAGGACGAGGAGGACGAGGAGGACGAGCUGGAAGAGGAUGAAGAGGAGGAGGAAAACCCAGCCUUUUGGGACGGCUUCAGUAAGGGCCAGGAACUGGUGCCCGGGGGCUGCCGCCUCAUCUUUAAGCGUUCUGCCCUGGCACACUGUCUCCUGCGCACCUUCCGCAAGUCGGUGGCCCUGAGCGAGCCUGCCCACAGCUCGUGGCUCUCAGGACCCCAUGUACAGACCUUUUACCAUUUCAUGCUCCCGGCAGGCCAGGGGCUCCAGCUGGCCCGGGAGAACCUACAGCUGGCGGACAAUGGGCUGGUGGCCCUGGACUGGGUAGUGGGACCUUGGGCCCCCAGCCCUCAGGUAGUGACUAACGCCUACAGCUCCCCGCCGGUCCUGCUGGUCAUCCCCAAUUCCUGGGGUCGCCUGACCCGCAACGUGGUGCAACUUUGCCUCUUGGCCCUGGAGAAGGGUUACUACCCUGUUAUCUUCCACCGAAGGGGCCAUCAGGGCAGUCCGCUGCUCAAUACCCAGCUUCAGACAUUCGGGGACCCCUCAGAUCUCAAGGAGGCGGUCACCUACAUUCGCUUCAGACAGCCAGCUGCGCCACUGUUCCUGGUCAGCGAGGGCUCGGGGUCGGCCUUGCUACUGUCCUACCUGGGCGAGUGUGGCUCCUCCAGCUAUGCCACGGGGGCAGCCUGUAUUUCGCCCGUGCUCCGCUGCCGGGAGUGGUUUGAGGAUGGGCUGCCCUGGCUCUACGAAAGGGCCUUCCUGCUGUACCAGAAAAUCACUCUUAGCAGAUAUGCUACAGCCCUAGAUGACAUAGUGGACACAGACAAACUCUUUAUGAGCCGCUCCCUGCGUGAAUUUGAGGAGGCCCUUUUCUGCCACACCAAGAACCUCCCCAUCAGCUGGGACACCUACUGGGAUGACAAUGAUCCCCUCCGGGACGUGGAUGAGGCUGCCGUUCCUGUGCUCUGCAUUUGCAGCGCCGAUGACCCCGUGCGGGGCCCUCCAGGCCAAACCUUGCCCACCAAACUCUUCCAGAACAACCCCUACUUCUUUCUCCUGCUCAGCCGCCAUGGGGGCCACUGUGGCUUCCUCCGGGAACAUUCUUCCCCAGCCUGGAGCCAUGAAGCUACCCUGGAGUAUUUCCAGGCUCUGACUGAAUUCUUCCGAUCAGAAGAAAAGGUGAAGGGGCUGUCCCGCCACCGCUCCUCAUUCUUGGCAGGCCGCCGUCGACGAUUUACUCUGCAAAAGCGAGAGGUAGCGCCAACCUCACCUCGACUUGAGGAGAUGUUUAGCUGGAAGCGGUCAUAUACAAAGUGAGGUCCACGGAGACGCCCCCACAUUGUUCCUGUCCCUGAUUCUAAUGCCUCAUGGGAAAAGGAAGCUGGCUGCUUCCAUUCAUCAGCUCAGGUCUCAAAUGGAAGAAUUAUGCCAGCAUGGAAAGGAACCAUUGGAGUGGGCAGCCACCAUCCCUCUGUUUAGCGACCUUGUCUACUAGCAGGGAUGGAACCUACAGAAAAUCUGCAGGGGCUUGUUCCUAUGUCCUCAAUGAGGUAGCAGUCCCUGCUUGGGUCAUUCCAAUUCAUCCUGGUCUACACAACAUGUCUAUCGUGGCCGCCAUCUUUUCCCAUCAUUAUGAAUUUCAAAAGCCAAAGAAAGGCAUGCAUUUAUCAGAUAGGAAAGUGAAGGUAAAGUUCCCAGGCAUCAGCAAAAACAGCUGUUUUCUUAGAAGUAGCCAUAAGGAUACACAUAGAUGUCAUAUCGCACAUGUGGUGUCCUGUAACUCUGAGUUUGAGACCAGGACUCAGCCCUUUAGCCACUUGGUAGAGAGAACUACAGAGCCUUAAAUGCAAACAUCCUGUGUUUAUGAAGUCCCACCCCAUUCCCUCUGGCUGGAAAGCACUGUUCUGAAAACAGUAGCUGGUUCAGGCUGGUGUACAGGAUGAGUCCCUCAUUCCUAUCAGUAUCAGAGAAAGCCGGGCUCCCCUCAAAUGGUAACAGAGUCUAUGAGCAGUCAUGAAUUCUGGCCUGUAGACCAUCUCCUCUAAGCCUUGAACCUGAUGAAGAGCGAGAGGAGAGAUGAAAAUCACAGACAAGAAUCUUUUCCUUAGGUCAGACUUUUUCUUGCCAUUCCCUUCCUGGAAAAUUGUCCAUGAAGAGGCUGACAAGGAGGAGAAUAGAGUAGGGAAUGUGGGUGCCUGUCUCAGUAGCUGGGGAGGAGGCAUCAGAAAGCCUUGUUUGGUACCAUUAACCACAGGCUCAAGGACCCUGGCCUGUUCUGAGCAGGUCCCUGGCAUUGUGCCAGGGCUAAGGAAUCCUCAGGAUCAAAGACAGCUGGGACUUCUUUAACUGAGCUAGCUUCUCAGAGAUGCUGAUAUGUUUUUAAGUACCUUUUCCUGUAUCCGGGGAUGCUCCAAGAAAGCUAGACCGGAGGCUCCCAUUUUCGUCUUUUGGGCUAAGUUUUAAGGACCAUAUUGUUUUCUGUAAGGAUGGAAUGUCUUUUCUCCCCAGAGUUUUCUGAACCACUAGCCUAUUUCCAGACAUGGACACUAGAAACUUUCCUCCAUUCCAGGGUCAGGAGGAAGGGAGAAAUAUCACAUGUACUGUGAAUGGAAAAGCUAGAAACCCGGAGGGAGUUGCAGCCUACCCAGUGUCUUAUUAAUACUCGAUUUUUUUCCCCUGCCCCAGUUAUUUGAAAGUCCAUUCACACCGAAUCUAGGACUGCUUGGAGGGGCAUCUACGUUUCCUCUGAUUUCUAAUCACUCAUCCCUUAAGGGAUGGUUAGUUCUGUGGGGAAGGCCGAAUGAGAUGAGUCCUAGACCAAAGAUGUGAGGACAUCUUUGUUCAUGACGAGGAGCAUAGCCCACAAGGUGUAUCAAAGCGUGUCCUGCUCCAUAUUUGACUAAGACACAAGGUCUCAUGACUCAUGACUUUAUUUGAACCUGCCCAUGUACUCACACCGAGCUGGAGAGUAUUUGUUCAGAUGUGACAAGCCACAUCCUGGUCUAAUAUGCAACAAAAGAGUUCUAAAAAGGGAAACAAAUUUGCCAAAAGUCACGCAUGGCACAUGGCCUAGCAUCUGCAGAUGACAGUAUUGCUGCUAUUUGGAGGCUGGGUCUAAUCUGUCUAGGCCUAAGAAACACCUCCUGGGUUGAGAUGUAGACAAGGCUCGAUUGUUCAAGAAGAAUCUCGUUUGGGGAUUAUGUGGGCCCUUGCUCUUCCUCCUCCUCCUCCCCCUUCUCCCUCUGCUUUGUCAUCUCCUAACCUUUGGCCAGUGCCAAUAAAGGCUGAACUAUAAAUCAAACUAUUCUGGGGCACAGAUGUCGCUUUGACAAAAGGCUGGGUGAGAAGGUAGGCGGUCAUGCCCAAUCCAGCACAGCUCUGUGCCCAGGGCAGGUGCUCAAAUACUUCAGUGAAUGAAUGAAUCAGAAUUUCCCUUUUUGAGACUUUUUUUUCCUCCUUGGCAACCAGUAAUUCAGAGCUGGGUGCAAAGUCAGAAAUAGCCUGAUGGCUUUAGCAGCAAGAAGAGCUUAUGCCGAUUUUGUGCCCCAUCUCCAAGGGCUGUAGUUAGGGUUUUUUUCCAAUUGUUAGGUUUUUUGGAAGAGGAGAAUGAGGAAGAGAAGGAGAAAGAAGGAGGAGGAGAGCAUAGGAGAAAAGGAGAGAAGGCAGGAGAGGAGGCUGAAAACAGAAAAGAAACAAUUAUAACUACCUUCAGGUUUCUCAGGUAUUUGCAGUGACAAGUGACCAGGACAAAGUCCAAAGACAGUAUUAGGUGGCCCAAACACCAGCAGCUCUCAGGAGGGAGUCAGGACAUGGGUCAGAACCACAGAGCUAAGAGCUAUUUGCAGGCCUAUUUCGUUCCACCAUCUUAUUUUUACAGAGGAGAAAACUGGGGCCCGGAGAAAGGAAGUGGGAACGCCUCAGACCCCAAAACCCUCCACACCAGCCUGCCAACUGCACUACUCAGGGAAGUUAUCUCCUUUCCAUAUCUCAGGUUCCUGAUACCUUAGAGCAGGGGUGGGGAACCCACAGCCUUGAGGCCACAUUUGGAUUUAGUCAAAAGGCCUCACUUAAAGGAUCUAGGCCACAUGUGGUCUCAAGGAGGAAGGUUUCCCACCCCUGCUCUAUAUGGAGAUCGAGGCAUUCAAGUCUACCCAGUGCUAAUUUAGAGUGUGACCUCUUGGCUAGCAGCCAGGGCAAUGCCCACAGUUAGAUGAAGUUUGGGUGACUCUGUCCUUCGCUCUAAAGAGGUCUUCCUCAUUGUACCCUGCCUGAGUAAACACCUUGGAACAAGUUGGACAAGCUUGAGGCAGAUAAUUUUGAAUGUCUGACCCCUGGGGGAACUGGAGUAUGAAAGCAUUUUGCAGACCAAAAAAAAAAACAUCAGACAGAAAAGUCACCAACUCAGAGUUAAUUCUCAAUGCACCUGGGGCCUGAUGUCCAUGUGACCCAUUUGUAAGACCUCUUUUAGAAGCUUAUAAGCAGAAGAGGGAAAGAAAAUGAAAAACUAAAAUGAAGAGAGUGGGGGAAGGAAGCAAUGCCUUAAGCCCUAGAAGUGAAGGUCACUUGAUUGGAUGUCUGCUUCCCCUCCACUGCCCGUUGAACUUGGGGAACUGGCUGAAUUAAAAAGUGGAAAAUUA